AUGGAUUACUCUCAAAACACCUACAUGGGCUAUAAGGUUCACUGGUCUAAGGUUGGCCUGGCGUAUUAUUUCGACGCAGUCGGCAAUAUGAAGUUUCCCGACUUUAGAUUGCCUUGCCCUUCUCAGCCCAACAAUACCAUUCAAAAUCCUCUAAGCGGAUACAACCAAGAUACUGAGGGAUCGAUAACAGACUUCAAUAGGCAGUUACAAAUCGCUUUAGACAAUUCCCCAGACUUGGUCGGAACGACCUAUACGUCGGCUCAGUCUAUUUCCCCACAAGAUCCAAGCGGCCCUAGUACCUCUGGCUUCGUCUCUGGUACCGGCUUAUACAACAAUGAAGCUACGAACUGGAACAUGAAUACCAGCAACAGCAGCGGAUAUAUCACCCAAGAGCAAAUGCUGCCUUCAGUUGGCUCUGCUUUCGCCCCCGCCAACCCCUUCUUUGGGCACGACCUCCCCGAGGGCGAAAACGUGUUCAUCUCUAACUACGACAUGACUCCUAGCAACAGCCUUCCCCUCCCUGCCCCUACUCCCGCCCCCGCUGGACCCUCCUCCGGGCUCAACGUUCCCGUCGCCGGCAGUAUGCUCCCUAACGGAUACAACGAUACCGUUGCCAACCCUCCCCUGUUCUCCGCCAACAAUGCGGCUGCGGGCAGUAGCUUCACCCCCGCCGACAACGAGGGACAGAGCUCCCCCUCAGGCGACGACAGGAUCUUCAGGGACGCCCUCGGCCCAAACAUUCAGGACGCAAGAGUUCAAAAGAGAGGCAAGGGCAGAGGCAAGGGCAAAGCCAAAGCCAAAGCCCCAGGCGCUCGUGUCGUCAGGGCCUUCUCCUGCGUGCAGUGUCGCAAGAAGAAGACAGGGUGCGACGGAGGCUCCGGCCACCCUUGUACAAGGUGCCAGAAAGCCGGAACGGCAUGCGAGAUUGACUUGAAGGAUCACCGCACCAACAGAACCACCAUGGACAAGUGCGAGGAACUCCGCGUUGAACUCAACGCUCAUCUCAUCAAAGUCGCCCAGGUCUGCCACCACCUCUGCGGGAACUUACAAGACCCCGCGUCCGAACGGGGCCAAGUCGUUGUUGGAGCCGCCAAAGUCCUCGUACUAUACGCCGCAUUCAACAAACCGAUCGAGCCCUGGAUACUUCAUGAUAUCCUGCGAGUGGAUGAAGACACGACGCGCCAGCUUCCGGAACACCGGCAUCUCUUGGGAGACAUCUGCAAGCGAGCCAAGGAAAUGCUACAUGUCCUGUCCAAGCUAAUCGAGAUGCUCACCCACAACAACAACGCAGACUGCCGGUAUCAUGCCAUCCACAUGACCAAAGCUCUGUUCGCCAGCAAUACGCCACUGAUCGGACCCGACGGUCUUGACAAGAAGAUCAACGACGUGUUUGUGGCUAAUGAGGAGGACUUCGUCUAUUCCACCUUGGCAGACGAGCUCAAUGGUAUCAUUGCCAAGCACCUCUAA